AUCUCACCACGAGGAAGGCACCCUGCUGCCUGUACUUAUUUGCGUCCAAGAGUUUGCAUUGAGAUUGGCGCUCGCCUACCAGGUCAGCCCCAGGGGGGUUCCCCAGGGACAGAGAUUAUGUCUACUUUGAGAAUUCCUCCAGCAACCCAUACCUAAUAAGAAGGAUAGAAGAACUCAACAAGACUGCAAGUGGCAACGUGGAAGCAAAAGUAGUAUGCUUUUAUAGACGACGUGAUAUUUCCAACACGCUUAUAAUGCUCGCAGAUAAGCAUGCUAAAGAAAUUGAGGAAGAAUCUGAAACAACGGUUGAGGCUGACUUGACUGAUAAGCAGAAACAUCAGUUGAAACAUAGGGAACUCUUUUUGUCACGCCAGUAUGAAUCUCUGCCCGCAACACAUAUCAGGGGAAAGUGCAGUGUCGCCCUUCUGAAUGAGACAGAAUCAGUAUUGUCAUAUCUUGAUAAAGAGGAUACCUUCUUCUACUCAUUGGUCUAUGACCCCUCAUUGAAAACGCUAUUAGCUGACAAAGGUGAAAUCAGAGUGGGACCUAGAUAUCAGGCAGACAUUCCAGAAAUGCUGUUAGAAGGAGAAUCAGAUGAGAGGGAACAGUCAAAAUUGGAAGUUAAAGUUUGGGAUCCAAAUAGCCCACUUACGGAUCGACAGAUUGACCAGUUUUUAGUUGUAGCACGAAACUGUAUUCAUGUAAAGCUCUUAAGGUUUCACGCUAUGGAUACAUUGUAUAGACACAGCUAUGAUUUGAGCAGUGCCAUUAGUGUCUUAGUACCACUCGGAGGACCUGUUUUAUGCAGAGAUGAAAUGGAGGAAUGGUCAGCCUCUGAAGCUAGCUUAUUUGAAGAGGCACUGGAAAAAUAUGGCAAAGACUUCAAUGACAUACGGCAAGAUUUUCUUCCUUGGAAAUCAUUGACUAGCAUCAUUGAAUAUUAUUACAUGUGGAAAACUACUGACAGAUAUGUGCAACAGAAACGUCUAAAAGCAGCAGAAGCUGAGAGUAAACUGAAACAAGUAUAUAUCCCAACUUACAAACCAAAUCCCAACCAAAUAUCCACUAGUAAUGGGAAGCCUGGUGCUGUGAAUGGAGCUGUGGGGACCACGUUCCAGCCUCAGAAUCCUCUUUUAGGGAGAGCCUGUGAGAGCUGCUAUGCUACACAGUCUCACCAGUGGUAUUCCUGGGGCCCACCUAAUAUGCAGUGUAGAUUAUGUGCAAUUUGUUGGCUUUAUUGGAAAAAAUAUGGAGGCUUGAAAAUGCCCACCCAGUCAGAAGAAGAGAAGUUAUCUCCUAGCCCAACUACAGAGGACCCUCGUGUUAGAAGUCACGUAUCCCGCCAGGCCAUGCAGGGAAUGCCAGUUAGAAAUACUGGGAGUCCAAAGUCUGCAGUGAAGACCCGCCAAGCUUUCUUCCUUCAUACUACAUAUUUCACAAAAUUUGCUCGCCAGGUCUGCAAAAAUACCCUCCGGCUACGGCAGGCAGCAAGACGGCCGUUUGUUGCUAUUAAUUAUGCUGCCAUUAGGGCAGAAUAUGCAGACAGACAUGCUGAACUAUCCGGAAGUCCACUGAAAAGCAAAAGCACUAGGAAACCUUUGGCAUGUAUCAUUGGGUAUUUAGAGAUCCAUCCUGCAAAGAAACCUAAUGUAAUUCGAUCUACACCAAGCCUGCAAACCCCAACUACCAAGCGGAUGCUAACAACUCCAAAUCACACAUCUCUGAGCAUUCUGGGGAAAAGAAACUAUAGUCAUCACAAUGGUCUGGAUGAACUCACGUGCUGUGUGUCAGACUGAGCUUUCCCUGAUUCAUUCUACAAUCCAAGACUUGCUGCACUGUCCUGCUGAUGUUCACAGUCGUGCCUGGGAAGGAGGAAGCCCCACUCCCAGUACAUUUCAGUGGGAGACCUCUGCGUGCAUCCAUGGAGACGCAAUGGGGCGGGGAAGGAACUGUGGGAGUGCACGUUCCAAAUCCUGUGUCUCCACGUGUGGAUCAGCAGCACUUCGCUUUCUUGUCAGAGACCUCGCUGUUACAGAGCGAGACCUGCUGAGAAGUGAGGGGCUGAGGGAACCCCUCCACCUCCUCCCUUCUGCAGCACCCUGCGCCCCUCCCAGCAACAGCGGUCACUUGGCAGUGGGGCUGCUGCGAGCUCAGAGCCGCUGUCACCCUGCAUGUGUCCGCUCAGCUCGGUCUUAUGCUGUAUAGUUACUAAAUAUGUACAGGAGGGCCAUGGCAUCUUUCUGAGUGGAUUUUUCUUAAGAAAUGUGCCAGUGU